AUGGCGGAAAGUAAGAUUGCCUCGACCACGCCGCUAGCCACUGUUCCUGCGCCCAUCGCUGGCAGUGAACAAGUCGGCCCCAUUAAGACAGAUGCCACCGCUGCUGUCAACAAUUCUUCUGUUAACGGCGCCGGCGAACAGCUGCCCUGUCAAUGGGCCUGCUGCACUGAAAAGUCUCCUACCGCCGAGGCUCUCCACAGGCAUGUCUGCGACCGCCAUAUUGGCUGCAAGAGCACUAACAACCUCAACUUGACUUGCCAAUGGGGUACCUGCAAUACCACCACUGUCAAGCGUAAUCAUAUCACCUCCCACAUUCUUGUUCAUAUACCCCUCAAGCCCCACAAGUGCGAGUUCUGCGGCAGGGCCUUCAAGCGUCCCCAGGAUCGGAAGAAGCAUGUCCAGACCCAUGCUGACAAUUCAGAUAUCCGGUCUCCUGAUUCCGGCAUAAAGCACUUCGAUAAGAUGAUCCCGCGAAGCUCGACAGGUUUUGCUGCCGCUACUCACUACUUUGAGAGCCCUCUCAAUGCCGUCAAUGGCGGAUAUACACAUGGAGCACCGCAGGACUACCAGCCACACACUCACCUUCAUCCCGCAAACCCGCAUUCCUACGGUAACGUAUGCUCUACCUUGGACCAUAGACAAGAUGGAAGCCAUGACUACGGCCGAAAGCGUGGCUACGAUGCACUGAACGAGUUCUUUGGCGACUUGAACCAGUUCAACCCUAACUCCUAUGCUGCGGUCGGCCAGCGUCUGCUGGGACUGCAGACUUUUCAGCUUCCCAUUUUGAAUGGCCAUUUGAGUGAAUACGAGCAUAUGCCUGCGUCUGUCGCUGUCGACGACGGCGGCGGUUACAGACUUAGUGGUUCCCAAGCUCCUGGCUGUCACCUUACUCCUAUGUCCAGUGUUCGGACUAAGAACUUCCUGAUCACCAUCGAUCAGUUCCUCGAACAAAUGCAGAACACCAUUUACGACAGUUCUGAGACCAUAGCUGCUGCUGGUUUCACCCUGGCCGGUCUUCACAGCGUACACGGUGGCCUGACUUAUCGUGCUAUCCACUCUCCUCCGACCCAGCUCCCGGCAAGCCACGUUACAGUGAGCUCCCAGGCCCCCAUGAUGGCCGCUUCGGCCUCCCCGUUCGUCCGUACUUCUGUUUUGACCUCACCCUCCAGCGCACAGUCAUAUAUCUCGCAACGCUCUCCGAUCUCCAUGCACCACGUCCAACGCGUGUCACCCCUUCACGAGAGCAGCGGUGACAUUCACCCUUUAGAGCACGGACCACACGACCACUACGACCGUCGCCGCUACACCGGCGGCAUUUUGCAACGUGGCAAACCGGCCAAGCGAGCUGCUACCGAGAGCUACAUGGGCAUCCUGCAGGAUAGCAAUUAUGGCGGUAAACGCUCUUACAUCAAGGCGCAUCUCGCUCUCCACAUCUCGGGGAGCCUGUCCGUGCGGCACUCUAGCACUUCACCCGAGCCCAACUUGGAAGCAGCCCAGCAGGAUGUCAAUGUCGCCUGGGUGAAGAUGGUUCGUAUCCUUGGAAGCUUGCGUCGCCUCAUCUCCGUGCUGUUGGAGGCUGGCAGCUUCAAUGUAGGGAGAGGGCAGAGCUCCUCUGCCUCUAUUUCUCCAACGCCAGAACUCGAUUUCAUGGACGGUGUUGAGGCAAAACUGCAACAUUUGAGUAACGAGGAUGGUGUUCCCCGAAGCGACGUCAAACAUCUUGCCGAAACAAUUCGGGUCGUCGUCUGGUUCCUCGCAGUCUGUAGCAUUGUCGUUCAUGGGCUCAGCAUCCCCCUUGGAAAGAUGGGGUACCUCGCGCCUCGGACCUUCGGCCGGGUGCUGAGAGCGACGAGCCACGCGCGGUGGAAGUUCGGCGCGACGUAG